GCCCAGCGAAGCUCCACACCGGUCACUGAAAACCCUCCAGUCAGAGCUGGUAUCAGAGAAAUAAACGAGAACAGCGCAGUAAGCAGCAACUGCUUUAUCUGUGGUAAACAUGUACACUUGGUCCAGAGACACAUGGCAGAUGGCAAACUGUACCAUAGAAACUGCUUCAGAUGUAAACAAUGUUCACGGACACUUCAGCCUGGAAGUUAUAAAGUGGGAGACCACCCUGGAACACUCAUCUGCACAAGUCAUCAUUCCGGCACUCACAUAAAUACAGGAACAGUCAAUGCAUCCCCAUCUGGUCCAUACACCCCGGCAGUGGCCUCUGUAGGAGGUAUCAGGGGCAGUAUAGCUACUUCAUACCAGACCCACAGCACUCCUACUGGCAGACCUUGGCAAACCACCAUUAGUCCUUCUGUCCAAACACCAGCCAGUAGAUCAGGUAUUGGAAAUGUAAGCAAUAAUAAAAAUGCUAACAAUUCCUCAAGUACAGGUGGUCAGGAGCCUGUUAAUAAGACUAGUUCCAGUUUUCCAAACUCAGUUGUCAAAAAUGGUUCUAGUUCUGUUAACACAUCCAACCCUGUACCCACAAACAGGUCAGCUGUUGGCUUUUAUGGUAGCCCUCUCACAAACUCCAGUGCUUCCAAUGGUUCUGGAAGGACCGAACUGUCUUCACCUGCUAAUAUUAGCACCAACCAAGUGUCAAGUGUAUUUGGUUCAUCUGGUAACUCACAACAGGGUAAUGGUCCAUCCUCAAGUUAUUUACAGAAUGGAAAAGGUAAAACAGAUAAUUCUUCAACUCAGAGCAGCUGGUCGCAAAGAGAAAGCAGCAAAGAUUCAGGACAAAGUGGGCAAACCAAGCAAUUUGGCAGCACAAAUAAUCAGGUUAUAACCGUUUCUUCUCUGUCUGGAAGGAGGUCAUCCUCCGUGAGCAAAGAUGAUGAAAACACAUCUACUAAACCGUGGCUUUCCUCUACUGCAAAAAACAAGGAAGCCCGUGAUAGGUUCUUCCAAUCAAGCCCCGUUAGUGAGCCAACAGUAAACCAUUCUAACACUGGCAGAGAUUCUCCUAAAUUUUCUGUGUCUAAUGGGCCAGACAGGUCUGUGGUCGUUAGUGUAACACCAAAUGCCACUGAGAGUAAUUCUGAAAAGAACAAAGCCAGAAACUUCCUCCUAAAAGCAAUUCCUGGAUCUACGUCCCCCAAAACUGCACGUGCUGCAGAAAAUCCCAGCAGCAUAGUCACUCCAAACCGGACUUUGGAUUUUUCACCAAGUGGGUCAACCGUUUCCACACCCAUGGCAGAUCCUAUGAAACCUGUGCCAAAAGAAAGAAAAAGUAAAGUGCAAACAUCUGUUUCAAGUUCAGAGACAUCAAAAACCACUCCAGCAUCCACCACCAGCAAGGGAGACACAACACCAAGCUCUGUGCCAUCACAGCCAAAACAAUCCAUACAGUCUGUGCAACCUAGAUAUCCAAGGCAGUCGGCACAAUCUACUCAACCUACACACCCCACAACAUCUGUCCUUCCAACACAACCAGCGCUAUCAAAGGAGUCUACACGACCCACACAGCCUGCACAAUCUCUACAAACGACACAACCCACUCAACCGCAGUCUACGCAACCUGCACAGUCUAAGGCAAAUAUACAUCCCACUCAACCCGCAAAGUCUCCACAACCUGCACAGUCUAAGGAAAAUAUACGUUCUACACAACCUGCAACUCCUAAGCAGUCUAUACAGUCUACACAUCCUUCCCAACCAAUACAGUCUACAAAACAACCGCAACCAGGUGUGACCCCUAGCAGGGACAAUAAGCUGGCUGAACCAACUCCAAAGACACAAAAUUCUGGCAACAAAGAAUCAAAAUCAGAAGCCCCAGGGGACUGGAGAUCGAUGCUCAAGCCUGUGGACAAAAAGCCAUCAGUGCAGGGGCCUCUGCUUGAAAUUAAACCUGCUUCAAAAGAAAAGGAGACCACCAACACACCGGCGAAGAAACUGACAACCACUACUACUGUGACAGUGACCAUCUCCCCAAGCCCUGCUGAGAAAGAGAACAAACCAGUUCCUUCUAUAAUAACCCCUGCCACACCAGUAUCAGGGGCUACAGAGUCUGCCAAUUCAACACCACCAAAAAGAAAACUUUUAGCAGCAAAAAUAGACUUGAUUAAUGACUGGCCCAAACCUGAGCAAAAAUGGCAAGACAGCAUUGUGACCAAUGAAGAAGAGGCACCUAGGUGGCGGCCCCAUUGGGCAGCAAAUAAUGAAAUCUCCAACAGUACAGGCAAAAAUAAAGAUAACCAGUCUGUGAAACUAUCCAAUCCAGGUUCAGUGGAGAAUAACAACAUAUCGCCAAGCAAGUUCCGUCCCGAGUACAUCCCAGAAGAGGAGAUCCAGCGACAGCUGUACAUCAUCGAGCAGGAGCUGGACACCUUGGAGCAGCGAGGAGUAGAGCUGGAGAAACAGCUGCGCAGCUGUGAUGGAGAUGAAUCGGAGGAUUCUCUUAUGGUUGACUGGUUCAAGCUCAUCCAUGAAAAACAACUUCUUCUGAGACAGGAGUCUGAGCUCAAUUACAUAUCCAAACAGCAGGCUCUGGAGGAAAAACAGCAGAAUGUGGAGACUGAGCUUCGUAAUCUGAUGAGCAAGCCAGAGCAUCUGAAAUCUCCAAGGGAAAAAAAGAGAGAAAGUGAGCUUCUGGAAAAAUACUUGCUCAUUGUGAACGAUCGCAGUGAGAUUAUUGAAUGCCUAGAUGAAGACAGAAUACGGGAAAAGGAAGAGGAUGAUCAUGGAAAAUAUGAUCAGAAAACAUUCAGAUUCUCAACAGAAGCAAACCACUCCAGAGCCAAACCUAAAGAGAAGAUCCCGCUUCAGCUUUUCAGGCUGGUUAAGACCAAAGGAUAAAAAUAAAACCUAA